ACUGUUGCAUAUUGCGCAUGUUUAGUUUUCUUUAAUGUUAAAUUACUUCUUUGAGAUUUCGGUGUAUAAAUAUUUAUCCGUUCCGGUAUAUUAACGGUAUCCGCACAUACUCAAAUCUCACAGGUGUUUUUGAUCUGUCGGAAACUUUUUCUUUUAAUUUGAUUGCUUUUUUUUGGUGAUAAUAAAAACCUUUUCCUAAAACUAAAAAUUUAAAUCCGUUGCAUAAUUGAUUCGAAUAAUUAACCGAUCUUAUUUAAUUGUGAAAUCGUCGAAGUGAAACAACUUUUGCUGUUACGACGAUAUAGCUGUUUUUAUAUAUAUUUAAGUUUUGGAUCGACCGAUUCGAUGCACAUACGGUGUUAAGUGUGAAAAAUUGUCACUUUUCCUCAAAAAAAAGUAAAUGACAAAUUUUGUGUAAAUUCAUCGAAAGCAUUUCAGUGCUGUGCAUGUGGAACUAAAUUCAAAAUAUUGAACGAAAAUAAUUCGCUGGACUUGUAUAACAACGACUUUGAAAAAGAAUUGAAAAAAACAAUUUUUUUUUGUGUUUUGGAAGUGCAACGUACUUGUAAUUCAAUAAUAUUUCAGUAACAUUAUACGCUGACACCUGAGAUUGGAUUAACUCAUUCCGUUAUUUUUUUUGUUUGUUUGUUGGCGAAUAACUUGGAUUGGAUUGCAGUUUUUUUUACUUAUUAUAUUUAAUUGCUCAAUAAAACAUUUCCGACUACAAUGAAACGACAAGACUAAACGAGAGGUUGAAGGUAAUAAACUAACAAAAAAUGUCGACCAUAUGUCCACGAUUCGCUCAAAAUGCAUGGCGGAAGGAUCUUUGCUCAAAUUGCUUCAAGUCCAAAGAAGAACACAAAGCCACUAACGGUGACACGAAGCCGCUGAAGCUACCGUCGAAACAAAUAGAUCCGCCGAAGGGGAUUAUGAAAAGUCAAAGUCACAAACUAUCGAAGGGAAAUGUAACGUUUCCGAAAGAACUAACUCAAGUCAUUGGCUUUGGUGGUGAAUGGUCAGACGACGAAGGCAGUAGUGAUGGGGAAAAUGAGUCGCCACCAACGAGCCCGGAAGACAUAACAAAAGAAAUCGAUGAACUCGAACAGGAAUUGCUUAAAUUAACCAAAGUUAACACCGACUAUAACAUGAGCAAUGCGAAUUUGUCUAAUGAAACUAACGACACAACAGUAAAACGAACAUUUGCGACUCUGCAACUCGGCACUCCAGUGAAGGAUUCGGACGGGAAGAAACAAACGCUGAAAAUAUCAGUUAUGCCAUUUGGUGGACCAGUAACAACGAACAAGGUGAAUGACAUCAAACAGAAAUUCAGCAAUUUCGAUGAAACAAAGCCUCCGGUUGUCUUGAAAACGAUAAUUAAAACUACUGGUGUUGAGUACGUCGAGGAGCCCGCUAAAAUUAAAAGUUUAUCGGAACAGGACUCCAAAUUGGAAACACCCGAAAAAACUUUGUUGGAAGAAAUUUCGGAGACGCUGGAGAAGAAUAAAGAGAAGAAAGACAAGGAGAACGAGAACAAGUCGAAACUGGAAGCAAAGAAAGGAAAUUCUGAAACGAAACGAUCAAUAUCACGUCAUGCACCCAUUGUCAAAGAUCAGGCGAAGCCGAAGAUCAGCGUAUUCCCGAAAUUUUCGGAUACGGACAGCAACCAGUCGGACAACGAAAAUGGGUCUGGCUAUUACGAUGUUGUUGAGGCUGCAACUAACUACGAAAAUCUGCCGAAUAGUUAUGAUGUGCCGGACAACAUUCCAACGCAAACAAACGAAGCACUGAACAAUGAAAUUACGCUGGAAAUUCGUAACAAGAACAAAUCGUCAUUCUUCUCGAACCAUUUGAUAUCGGAAAUGUUUUCGUCCAGUAAGGAUCGAAAGAACAACCGGGGCUACAACUUCAUGAGUAAAAUAACUACCGAUGGACUCAUAGUUGCGAAGGCCAGUUCCGAUGAUGCUAUGGACUCGACCGGUUCCAGUUUCGAUUAUGCAACUAGCAGCGACGAAGAAAUGUCGUCCAUGAAUCGAAGCGAAUCAGAUAGUGGCAUUGGUAUUUGUGUGACCAAUUCACCGAAUGAAUUCGAGAAGGCGGCUAAGCUCAAUGGCAACAUGGACUACGAAGACAUUCAAGUUCAGAAGGAGCCCGCGAAGGAAAAUCUAUUUUCGAUCAACAAAGGUCGUGAACUUCCGGAAAAGAGACGAGAACCCGAUGGUAGCGCCGAUCCGGAUCCGGCUGAUCCUGACCGAAAGAGUUUAACAUUCGAAAGCGAAGCACCAGCACUGCCGUCAUCUCCUCCACCAAUAAGUUCGGAGCCAAGAAUUUCGUUCUUACACAAAACGAAUGUUAAAGAGAAACCGACGGUUCCCAUCAAACCAACUGUUAGCAUUAUAAAAGCUUUUGUUAAGAGGACGCCGAAUGUAGCAGAGCAGCAAGUUAUGACACAGCUUCAACAAAUCAUGAAACCUUAUCCCGCUAUCGAUUCACCGUUACAAGAAACUACAGAAACAACUGCAACGAAAAUUGAUUCUCCAGACACUCAAAAGAUGAAAAAAACACGAGCCCCAAAUCCUCCAUCCCCAUCCGAUACGCGUCCGAACAAUGGCUACGAAAAUGUCAAAGUAACGUCCGAAAGGAGUGAAAACGAUCCAGCUAAGGAAAUUAAAGUACUGGAAACUUUUCCUCCAACGGAAGAAAUGGUAGAAGAUUCUGCAUUAACAUCAAAAACCGAUGACCAGUACACGUAUUUAUACACUCGCAAUCCUACUGGUAGUAUUGGAAAAUCAUCGUCGCCAGUCAUUCGUGAGAAAGAUAAACGUGAACGAGCGACAAUUAAUCCGAAAUUCCGAAGCCUCAACACAUUUUCAUCGAACUACAAAAAUCAUGCUGAAAAGGCCAGACCGACAACACCGGAACCAGCACCGCGAAAAGUUCUGUCAAUGUCUCAAGAUUGUCUGCUGGAUGAUAAAAAGAAGAAAAACAAAUUUUCAAUCAAAAAAUUCUUGCGAAUGGGAUCGAGCAAAUCAUCGGAGCCAAUUUACGAUAAACGGGAAAGCGCUUACGGGAAGAUGAUUCUCGGCGACAAAGAUGGUAUGCCUGGUGAAAGAUCGUCGAAACCGAGACUGGUUAUUAUACAUCCAAUCGACAUCAAUCAAAUGGAAGUGGAAGUGGUGAAAGAGAUGGGAAAAGUGAGUGAAAUAGUGACCGGUAAACCUCCUCCUCCAUUACGUAAAGGACUAAAUGCCAUGAAUAAGCCGACACGUCCACCACCUCCGAAAAGUGCAGAAGUGCGAAAAAAGUUGAAACUCGAAUUCAGUGAAAAUUCUACACAGAAGCCAUUGGUGAAAGAGGACAGUGUCUACGCAAAUUUGGGUGAAAUUCGAUCGGCCAUUGCGCCUCGAAAACCGGAACGAACAGCCAGUAUGAGAGAACGAGAAGCACAACUAGAAUUAGCUAGAAAACGACUGAGCAGUAAGCACGAAUUUGAGGAAAUAGACUUAUCGCCGUCCGCUCAGAGUACUCUAGAAAAGGCCAGCACAAAAUCGGAUAUUUGCAAAGUGUCCAGCCGAUUGGAAAUAUUUGAACGAACAAUAUCCGAGCAGCAGAAAACAAAAUCAACGAUUUUGAACGACGGGAUCAAGACUUCAAUGCAGAAAAUGAGCAGCACAAUCGACAGUUAUUUAAAGGAUAGGAUGAGUGAAUCGGACGAAUGCAAAAGUCCAGUUCAAACGGAGGAGGUGAGCAAAAGCAAUCGCAAUUCAACGAAUAACAACCGACUUAGCGACGUUGAAUUGCGAAACAAUUACGAGCCGAUUGUGUUGCAUUCGCAACGAUCCAGUUUGCCGGAUAAUUCCAGUAACUAUAAGAUUACCGAAGUGCCAGUCGGACGUGGUGGUGGAUAUGCGAAAAGUGACUAUGGGGCCAGAUAUCAAAACCACAGUGUCGCCAACAUCGCCCGGGCCGUUUCACGAUCGUAUUGCGGAAGUGAAAUUAGUGAAACUGACAUCUAUUCACCGUACAGUUUCUAUGGCAGCGAAGCGGGCACAGAUGUGGCUGCAGCUGAUCUACACGAUGGAUGGAAUGCCAGUCAGCAAUCAUUGAAUCGUCCAGGAAAUCGUUUGAGGAUGCGAAAAGGACGAAGUGUUGUUCACAAAAAUCUGGAAGAUAAUUAUGGAGCUGUCGUUGUAGCUAAUCAUGAAGCAUUAGCUCAAGUAUUGGAACAGCUCCAAAAAACGACCACAAUCUCUUUGCCACUACGACCAUUAGCAAAUUCGAUUAAUCUUCGGUUCGAAGAUUUCACAAUUUUGGAAGGCGUUCGUGGUGUGGUGGCCGGCCGACGUCAUUUCAUUCCAGCUGUUUGGGCCAAUCAAACCCAUGUCACAUUGGCUUUGUCUAUCGAUUGCAAUCAAUUGGCUGAUAUGAAUCCAGUCACCGAAUUUUGUGAUUUGGUUCCCAGCCAUUAUUUGCCAAUAAUUCCAAGCCUCGAAAUAAAAAUGAUGCAAGCUACAAUUUCUGUGCUGCCACGAAUGCUUGUUGAUACACUACAAUCGUUCGGUCAAAUUUUACGAAUCCGUUCCGAAAAUCUCAAAUCCCAGUCUUAUGGUUCAACGAUCAAUUUAAGUGAAAAUCAACCAUUGCUUAUGCGCAACGGAACCUCAGUGCAGAAUCUAUCGACUUACGAGGCAAACGAUAGCGAAAUGGAAUCAAAAGUACAAAUUCCGGGCAUGCCGUCGUUCGAUGAUUUACUGUGCAAAGAAGUUGGAUUCGUGAUGCUGCAGUUGGUGAAUGGAUUGAAAACAAUUCAGGCCAAAGGUAUCGAAGAACUUCCGAUGAGCUUGUCGAAUGUGAUUCUUUGCAAGGACUUGGAGAAUAAGGACUCUCAAGCUCGGUUAUGUGUGUUGCAUGGAUUGAACCAAGAUCUUUCCCGAGAAGAGGAAGAACCGAUGGGAACGCUAUGCCAAUGUGCCCAUUAUGCGUUAACAUCCAUUUUACCAGCAACCAAAUUGACAUCGACAUUAACAAAGAUUUUGUUGAAAGAUCGAUCGGAAUCUUUGUCAAGGGUAAAAUCGGUCUUAGAAUACGCUCUAUGGGGACCAAGUGAUGUGCCACUAAACGGAACCAAUAAGGAGAGAGAAUUGGCACUUCAACGCUGGUUGGACUUGGAACGAGCUACCAUUCUUCAUGGACUCGUCCGGUCUAGAGUGGAACUGUCUGCGUAUGACGAAUGUCAUUUGAUGUUUUUGGUUCGGUCCAGCGCUAAGAUCAUGUCAGAAGCAUCUGCGAUUUUAACUGGUUCUGUUGAACAGGACGAGUUUUAAUUGUUUGCCUUGCUUCUGCAAAGUUUUUUUUUUGUCGAUGUGCCAAAUAAGAGUUUGUUUCUUUCUAAUUUUAUUUUCUGGGAUAUUUUCGUCAAUGAAAAAUAUUCAAAAAAAAAGUUUUUUUUCGUUUUGUAUUUUGGUGCUUGUACAUUUAAUUUAUCGUUUAUUUCUGCAAUAAAAUCAAGUUAUCCGAAAAUUGU